AUGUCCUACGGCGGCGGAUACGGUGGCGGCGGUCGCGGCGGCGGUGGCGGCUACGGAGGAGGUGGUGGUGGCUACGGCGGUGGUCGCGAUCGCAGUGACAGAGGCGGUCGCGAUGGCGGCUACGGCGGUGGUGGUUUCAACGGUGACAGCAACGGCUACGGUGGUGGCGGUGGUGGUUACGGUGGUGGUGGUUACGGCGGCGGCGGCGGCGGCGACCGCAUGAACAACCUUGGCGCCGGCCUUCGCACGCAAGAAUGGGACAUCAACACGAUGCCCAAGUUCGAGAAGUCUUUCUACAAGGAGCACGAUGAGGUCGCCAACCGCAGCCCCGAGGAUGUCGAGGCCUUCCGCCGCAAGCAUCAGAUUGCCAUUGCUGGCAGCGAUGUUCCCAAGCCUGUCGAGACCUUCGACGAGGCUGGAUUCCCCAGAUAUGUCAUGGACGAGGUCAAGGCCCAGGGCUUCCCCGCUCCCACCGCCAUUCAAUCCCAGGGUUGGCCUAUGGCUCUCUCCGGUCGCGAUGUCGUCGGUAUUGCCGAGACUGGUUCCGGAAAGACGCUCACCUACUGCCUUCCCGCCAUCGUUCACAUCAACGCCCAGCCCCUCUUGGCCCCCGGCGAUGGUCCCAUCGUCCUGAUCCUUGCUCCCACCCGUGAGCUCGCGGUCCAGAUUCAGCAGGAGAUUUCCAAGUUCGGCAAGUCCUCUCGCAUUCGCAACACUUGUGUCUACGGUGGUGUCCCCAAGGGCCCCCAGAUCCGCGACCUCUCUCGCGGUGUCGAGGUCUGCAUUGCAACCCCCGGACGUCUCAUCGACAUGCUCGAGGCUGGCAAGACCAACCUGCGCAGAGUCACCUACCUGGUUCUCGACGAGGCUGAUCGCAUGCUGGAUAUGGGUUUCGAACCCCAAAUUCGCAAGAUUAUCGGCCAGAUUCGCCCCGACCGUCAGACCCUCAUGUGGUCUGCCACUUGGCCCAAGGAGGUCCGCGCCCUUGCCUCAGACUUCCUCACCGACUUCAUCCAGGUCAACAUCGGCUCCAUGGAGCUGGCUGCCAACCACCGCAUCACCCAGGUUGUCGAGGUGGUCAACGAGAGCGAGAAGCGUGAUCGCAUGAUCAAGCACCUCGAGAAGAUGAUGGACAACAAGGAGAACAAGGUUCUCAUCUUCGUCGGCACCAAGCGUGUUGCCGAUGAGAUCACCCGAUUCCUUCGCCAGGACGGAUGGCCCGCGCUUUCCAUCCACGGUGACAAGCAGCAGAACGAGCGUGACUGGGUUCUGGACCAGUUCAAGACGGGCAAGAGCCCUAUCAUGGUCGCUACCGACGUCGCGUCGCGUGGUAUUGAUGUUCGCAACAUUACUCACGUGCUGAACUACGACUACCCCAACAACUCGGAGGACUACAUCCACCGUAUCGGCCGUACCGGUCGUGCUGGUGCCUUGGGUACCGCCGUUACCUUCUUCACCACUGACAACUCCAAGCAGGCUCGCGACCUCGUCAACGUCCUCAGGGAAGCCAAGCAGGAGAUUGACCCUCGUCUCGCUGAGAUGACCCGCUACGGCGGCGGUGGUGGUGGUGGUCGCUACGGCGGCUGGGGCCGUGGCCGCGGUGGUGGCCGUGGCGGUGGCGGUGGUCGUACGUUCUUCAUCCCAAAGUCUUAG